CAGAGUUUCAUAUCACGACGAUCUCGACUGACUCGAAGAAGAGCCAAUACGAAGUGAUCAGACUGUGCAGUCACAAGUGAACGCGACGCGACGCGACCGACUGCGACGAUGACUGGUUGAAUCCACUUUCUGGUCUCCCACGUUCCACAUCACAACUUGCGUCAGGAGAUCAAAUUCUAGUAUCUCAAUUUGAAAAUGCCGAGAGCUGCGCCCCCCGAGUCAUGUUUGACGUGCCGUCGUCGGAAAGUUAAGUGCGAUGGCGUCCUCCCGAUCUGUCGGAGAUGUGCACAACGUCAAGAACAGUGCGACAGGCCAGAAGUGAAAUCAAAAUUCGUAGUGUACACUCCGAACUCUUCUCUAAGCAGAUCUCGUCCACCGGAGAUGCACCGUCCGAAUUCUGUCGAGCGACCGCAACGUUCUGCCGUCCAGGCCACGAGCAAUGUUGAACACAACGAUCUUCGAGUCCCGGAUCCGAUCAAUCCCCGUGCGGACCUAGGCAAUCAGGUUGUAGCUGGUCUCUUGCACCACUAUAUCGAGCAUUUGGCAGCUUGGUACGAUCUUUGCGAGCAUGACCGCCCAUUUGAAUUAUUGGUCCCCAUCAGAGCACUCGAUCUGCCUGUUUUAUUCAAUGCUAUCAUAGCUUUCUCAGCUCAGCACAUGACACUUUCGGAUUCGCGAUACGAGGUCAUCAGCACUGUUUAUCACAGUGCCUGUAUACAUGGACUUCUCAGCGGCUUAAGCGAUUUCGAUCCAGGUUUGCAGGAAGACUAUCUCGUCGCAGCUUGCCUUUUACGCUCUUUCGAAAUUCUGAAAGCGGACUCAAGACAAGAGCAGCGUCACCUUCUUGGAGCUUAUCGUUUCUCCUCAACAGAGGAGAUUGACAUGACUUCUGCAGGCUUACUUCAAGCGGGGGCCUGGAACUAUCUACGAGAAGAAAUUACGGUUGCGCUGGAAUGUCGAAGGCCUGUCAGACUCACCAUCAAUCUUGACAUCAGAACUGUGGGCCCCCAACCCGAGAGUAUGCACGCCAAUACCAUUACUUACAUAUUGGCUCGAGUCAUAAACUACUGCUUUAAUCGUGGCAGUACGAACCAGCAAGAGGACUCUAACCACGACGAAUGGACGAGCCUGAAGGGUGAUCUUACCUACUGGAAAGAAGGUCUUCCAACCUCGUACGAACCUUACUCAAGAGCAUCGAAAGAAGGCAAUGUCUUUCCUUCUGCAUGGUAUCUACGGCCAUGGCACAUUGCAGCUGCAGAAUAUUAUUUGACAGCCCAGACACUUCUACUCCUACACAAUUCCGAUACUGUCCUGGACGUCAAAAACGUGGAAGGACUUUGCGGUAUAGCAUACACCAACGAAAGCAAAGCAGCAAGAGUCAAUGCCUUUGGGCCUAUGGCCUUUUGUGGGAGAUACUUAACAGAUCCAAAGCAACGUGAAGGCCUCAAGUAAUUACUGCUAACCAGUAGCCUAGAAGUUGGAUGGCCUGUUCACCGGAUACUGAAGGAUCUGGAAACCUUCUGGCACCGCUGAUCAGGUUGGAGCGGUGUUUCGGUGAUGCUUGCCGGAUUGGGUUAGUGUAGGCGAAGUCUCCGCCUUUCCCGCUCACCGAGCCCGCAUCCUUG